GGGUCUCAUGCAAAAGCAGAAAUCAUUUACAUUCUAUUGUGUACUGUUGUUUUGUACAGAACAUCCUAGGAUGUGGGAAAAUGUUGCAUCAACUUGCACCUGUGACCUGCAGAUGCACAUCUACAUCAUGUGAUUUGUUCUAAGUCUGCCACACAUUUCUUGUAAAUCACUCUGCUCUACAGUGUGCUGUUAAUCUCUCCCCCUAUUGGACAACUGGUUGUCAACUGAAUGCUUUUUGUUGUUAAUAUAUGCACAAACUGUCUCUUCAGAAGAUUAAAAAUCCAUGCCCCUUGAAACUCAUUGCCUGAAUUGAAAUAUGACCUAGGGAAACAAUGUCAUCAUUACAUUGCUGUUCAUAUAAAAGCUGAUGGGUAGAGACAAGAUUUGAUUCCAGAUUUCAAUAAUCUCGUAGACCAAGAUUUACAGUAUCAUCACCGUGGGAUGGCUUCCAAUAGCUGGAAAAGCAAAGUUCUUUUGAAUGUGCUUUCCUAUCUUGACUACAAGACAGGAAAAUUCAUCAUUGUAGGAAGCAAGAGAGUCGGCAGUUUGUACAGAGUUAUACAAUUAUCCAUCAUUGGAUACCUUGUUGGGUAUGUAUUCCUGAGCAAGAAGUCCUACCAGACCAAAGAGGAAUCUAUCCAGAGUGCUGUGAUAACCAAACUGAAGGGAGUGGCGGUCACCAACACAUCAGAGUCCGGACGGAUGGUGUGGGGACCUGUGGACUAUGUCAUUCCACCCCAGAGCCCCAAUGUGCCAGAUGGCCACUGUAAGGGAGAUGAAGACUGUGCAGAGGGAGAGGUGGUGGUAGCUGGCCAUGGAGUUAGGACAGGCCACUGCUUGAGAGACAAUGGGAAAUCCAAUGGUACAUGUGAGAUAUAUAGCUGGUGCCCCGUUGAGAGUAGAUGCCAAACACAGGAUAGACAUAAACACAAGAAUAUGUUAAGAGAAGCUGAAAACUUCACCAUCUACAUAAAAAAUGUCAUCCGAUUUCCCAAAUUCAGUUUCUCAAAGGCCAACGUUCAGGACACGGCUGAUAAUUUCCAUCUGAAGAAAUGUCGUUACAAUGAGUCUCUUGAACCCUACUGCCCCAUAUUCCGUCUGGGAGACAUUGUUAACCAAACUGGACACAGCUUUCAGGACAUGGCUUUGAAGGGUGGUUUAAUUGGAAUUCUGAUUGGGUGGGAGUGUGACCUUGACAGAGGUCCCUCAGAAUGCCAGCCACGGUACAACUUUACUAGCAUUGACGUUAAUGUGUCCAGAGAGUCCUCAGGAUUCAACUUCAGACAUGCUCGCUAUUUUAAAUCUGAGUCUGGAGAAAGCUACCGAACACAUUUCAAAGUGUAUGGUAUACGCAUCAACAUUAUGGUGCAUGGGAAGGCUGGAAAGUUUUGUAUCAUCCCCACCAUUAUCCAUAUAGGCUCAGGACUAGCUUGUAUUGGUGGUGGGGCCUGGUUCUGUGACUGGAUUCUUCUCUACCUGAUGAAAAAUAGGGAGUUCUAUAAGGACUGGAAGUUUGAGAAUGUGAAGAACAGUACUACAGAGGAUGUAAAACAAACCCCAGAAGAGCAGCAGCUCACUGACCUAUCACCUGAGGUUUAACACCAUAGCAGCAGCUCACUGACCUAUCACCUGAGGUUUAACACCAUGGGAGCAGCUCACUGACCUAUCACCUGAAGUUUAACACCAUGGCAGCAGCUCACUGACCUAUCACCUGAGGUUUAACACCAUGGGAGCAGCUCACUGACCUAUCACCUGAAGUUUAACACCAUGGGAGCAGCUCACUGACCUAUCACCUGAAGUUUAACACCAUGGCAGCAGCUCACUGACCUAUCACCUGAGGUUUAACACCAUAGCAGCAGCUCACUGACCUAUCACCUGAGGUUUAACACCAUGGGAGCAGCUCACUUAGCCUUGCCUAGUUAAAUAAUGGUUAAAUACAAAAACAAAAGAAGCCGAAGUAAAAGACAUGCCUGAGCGGGAUGCCACACAUUCUGGUCAUGAGGAGAGAGAGAAAAACUGUCGGGGAGGUUCUCUUCUUCACUGUUCAACUAAUCCACACUCUUUGUAGAAUCCUACAGGACUAGCUAGAUUCGAUCCAGGUAGAAUCCUUUUUGGUUCCAGGCAGAACCCUUUUGGGUGCCAUGUAGAACAAAAAAUGGUUCUUCAAAGGGUUCUCCUAUGGGGACAGCCGAAGAAUCCUUUUAGGUUCUAGAUAGCACCUUUUUUUCUAAGAGUGCAGUACAUGUGGAGGAGGAGUUAAGAUGGAGUGUUGCCUUGUUGAUAUUCCAGAUUGAAACAAAUGUAAAGAGCAAGCAAGCACAUGCCAUAGCUAGCUACUACACAGAUAUUAGCUAGCGUUGUCUAGCGAUAAUGGACUCUGACAAAGUUAACAUCAACAAAAUUGGUAUGUGGUGUCGGUCAACUUUGUGGCAAGGACUUAAUCUUGAGGAAAGACAGGCACUAUCUAUAGCACAGGAGGUUGGUGGCACCUUAAUUGGGGAGGACAGGCUCAUUGUAAUGGCUGGAGCGGAAUCAGUGGAAUAGUAUAAAAAAUAUAUAAAAAAAUAUUUUACCUUUAUUUAAUUAGGCAAGUCAGUUAAGAACAAAUUCUUAUUGUCAAUGACGGCCUAGGAACAGUGGGUUAACUGCCUUGUUCAGGGGCAGAACGACAGAUUUGUACCUUGUCAGCUCGGGGAUUCGAUCUUGCAACCUCUUGCAAAAUACAUCAAACACAUGGUUUGAUGCCAUUCCAUUUGCUCUGUUCCAGCCAUUAUUAUGACUUGUCCUCCCCUCACCAGCUUCCACUGAUCUAUAGGCAUCUGCUAUAUGUUUCACCGGGACUGUAAACAGCGAGGCGCACGUCCAAAAGUGGGCCGUAUCUCCUUAAAACCGGAUGUUUCUGGGUUCCUUCGACCUCGCUGAAAGUGCCAACUCCUUUUGGAAUUAAACUCAACCUCAUGCGUGACAGCAUAUAGGCUUCCUCUGUAGAACUAUUCUUGUGUUAUUCACUGAUGGAUAGUUUGUUUUAUCACAUUUGUUUUACCAUUGUUUGUUUUCACACUGAAUAUUGUGUGAUUUAGCAUACAUAGAUAGCAUUUUUUUGUAAUUGCUGUUAACCUGUAUAAUCUGUUUUAAUUUUGUCCUCCUUUCAAGUUACAACUGUAGUCUUCAUGACCAUGUACGAUUUCAUUUAAUUUCAAAAUUGUUCAUUUAUUGUUUGAAUAUUUCAUGAUUUUUUACUAAUAAAAAUAUUUGUUUCAUUUAA